CAGAUGGUCUUUCCAAAUCGACUCUUCCGGCUAGGGCUUCUCUCCGGGCAAGCCAAGCAACGGCCAGAGCAGAGAUAUCUGGCGAUCGCCAGCGAGACGCGGGGUGGGGACUCCCGGAUGGAAGCGCAUUGGACAUCAUUUUUCUGUCCUUGUUAACCUGCUGGAGGGCAUGGACUCGUCAGGAACAGAUGGUUUUGCAUCAGUACAGGAGGUACUGUUGGAGUUCCGUGCUGGUAAGAUGUUCUUAGAGGGAAAGCGAGUGAUUCCAGAUACACGUAAGGGGCUUGUUCGUUUAAUUAAGGGAGAAGAAGGAUUAGUCCAUUUUCAAUGGCUUGAUCGGGCUCAAAAUGUGGUGGAAGAUGAUCAAAUCGUGUUUCCUGACGAAGCUGUUUUUGAAAAGGUGGAGCAAUCAUCUGGAAGGGUUUAUAUUUUGAAGUUCAAUACUGAUGAUAGGAAAUUCUUCUUCUGGAUGCAGGAGCCCAAGUCUGAUGGUGAUAUUCGUAUAUGUACAUUGGUGAACUACCAUAUUAAUCGACCUUUAGAUGAUGAGGCUGAAGCUUCAGCUCCUUUUCAAACUUCAGAAGUACCACAAGAUAUUGGGAAUGAGGUAACAUCAAGAGAUGGAAACCUAGACACUACAAAUAUGACUGCAGAAACAGCUGGGGAGGUAUCGUCAUCUGGACCUGUACAAUUGUCAGAUCUGCAGAGAAUAUUAAGUAGCAUUGAGCCCGCAGGCCCUCAAGACGCUGGAUUGGGCUUGGGAGACAUAUUGAAACCCGAUUUACUUCGACCAAUGAUCAACUCUUUGUCACUGGAACAGCGGCUUUCUGCAUACUUGCCUGAGGGCCAGUGGACUCCUGAUGAAUUGAUUGAAUUGCUCCAGAGUCCCCCAUUUCGGCAACAAGUUGAAUCAUUUACUUAUGUGCUUCGAACAGGUCAAGUUGAUUUGCAGCAAUUUGGGAUUGAUCCAAGCAAAUAUAAAUUCACCGUACUUUCGUUUCUUGAGGCACUCGAAGACUCGGUAGCAAAGAACCUGGAUCCUGAGAAUGGGAUGCAGGAGUCUAGUUCAGUCGCUGCAAGCGAAUCAAACAUGGAUGCAAAUAUGGACUGUCAAUCCCAAAGACAUGGUGGGGAGGAUAAAAUGGACGAGAGCCAGUAACACAGGCCUUAAACAGUCGAACAAUCUGAAGCAUGGAGCGUGGCUUCUUAUCGUGAGCAUCUCUCAUUUUUAUAUAGAAAGAUAAGUGGUAAGUGAUUCUCCAGCUUCUGGUUCGUGUCCGUUUCACCUGAAAUUGGCUACAGACGAGAGGGGUGGGAGAGCACUUCGAAUCUGAAUUUGAAAAAUGAGCAGAACUGGAAGCUUAAAGAGUAGGACCUGUGUGGCGUUCAUAUAGAUGUUACACCUUUGACGGGGUUAACUUGUAAUGUUGAUUCUUUACGCGCCCAUUUUGUGGCUUCACUUGAAGCUGACCAAUUUUUGAAAUUUGUACGAUAAUCGGCACAGUGGCAUUCUGCUUA